AGUUGUAAACAGCUCUGUUCUUAAGAAUGUAGCCACACCAGAGGCAGACAGUUCAAGAGGGUAUGUGUGACAGUAGUUUGACAAGCACUAUGAAACCGUCUCAGUACUCCUGGGUAGACUUCCUCUUCACUUGUCUAGGUCUUGUGUUCCUGGUGUUCGACAUAGUGCUGGAUGUUUUGGCUGUUGUGUCCCUGUACCAGGAAAGGGACUAUAGGAGCCUCUGUGUCCUGUUGCUGUUCCUCGUGGGCUCGUCUGUUCUUGUCCAGGCCUUCAGCUGGCUCUGGUAUAGCUACGAGGACUACAGGAGGGAGACAACUGUGGAGAAGUGUUUGAGUGUGGGAUGGCUCAAGCUCCUCCAUGUGCUGCAGCUCGGAAUCUACAUCAGGCAUGCAGGUGUGGUCGAGGUUUCUGUACGCAGCUUCCUCCCUAAAAAAAACCCGGAAAUUAAGACCCCUGGAGAUUUUGCAGUGUACCUGAGCCAUGACCUGAGCAUGCUGCGGCUCUUAGAAACGUUCUCAGAAAGUGCCCCUCAGCUCGUCCUCAUGCUCACCAUCAUGCUGCAGCGCGGCCAGCUCGACCACUGGACAGUGUUGAAAGCCCUUGGCUCAGCCUCAGCCAUCGCCUGCAGUGUGACCAUGUACCACCGCUCUCUGCGCUUCUUCCUUAAAGCCAAACAGAAGCAGCAGUUCGUCUCCUCUGUUGUCUACUUUCUCUGGAACCUUCUUCUCAUCAUGUCUCGUAUCACCGCCCUCGCCCUCUUCGCCUCUGUGCUGCCUUGCUUCAUCCUCACUCACUUCAUCUGCUCUUGGAUCAUAUUAUUCUUCUUUGUCUGGAGAUCAAAGACCGACUUCAUGGAUAAUGCUUUUGGAGAAUGGCUUUACAGAGCCACCGUUGGCCUCAUUUGGUAUUUUGACUGGUUUAAUGUGGUGGAGGGGAAGACCAGAAACAAGACUCUGCUCUAUCAUGGCUACAUGCUGGCUGAUAUUUCUCUCCUCUGCAGUCUGUGGUGUUGGAAGAUUAUCACUGAUCCUCCAUAUUUUGAAUUCUCCCCUUUUUGGGCUAAAAUAAUUGCUGUCAGUGUUGUUUCAACGUACAUUCUAGGCCUCUUUUCCAAAAUGAUUUAUUACAAGUUCUUCCAUCCAAAGUUGAACAAGGACCAGUUAAAAGGGGGCGACACAGAAAGUUCCUCACCUGAACCCCAACCUACUUCAAAAAUAAUUUCUGCAGAUAUGCCAGAUGCCCACAUUUCUAUGGUGCGCACAAACCUAGAAAAUUCAGACAUGGACGGAGACAUUCAAGAUCGCAGCCUCUCCAUUCCAGCUUCACCCGACACUAAGCGAUACAAUAAAAGAAUGAAAAAGUUGGCUGAGAACUUCUACUCCUGACCUGGGUCACUCGACACCAACAGGACUUGGAGGUUAACAACAGACCCAGUCAGACUCUCAGUGGACCAGCCUUCAGUGAAGAAUCAGUAUUAUGUGGUUUGUGUUGGAUGGAGUGGACUAUCACCUGAUCCAUUUUUACCCACAGAUGCAGCCUCAUGAAUCACAUAAGCACUAUUGGUCAUGCAUCAGAGGGCAUUCAAUUAACAAUUCAUAUUUAAUCUCUCAUCAUUCAAGUCUGUCUUAAUUUAUGCUUAUAUAACAUUCCUAUAAGAAAAAUAUAAAACAGUCAUCGUUUGUUUACAGUGAAUGUAACUUAUGUAAAUAAUGUGAAAUUAACAAAACUAUUUUCUUAAAACCACCAUGUCACUCAUUUGUGUGACAUCUUGCCAGCUCUAGUUUCUCAGCACAGUCAGUAUUGUAGCUGAGCAUACGACUAUGCAUUGAAGAACUUAGUCUUACUGUUUGAUACUGUAUUUUAACCCUGUUCUAUUUCCCACAAUGCUGGCAAAUGCAAAAACACAGACCCCUUUUGAAGUGAGCAGUUAAUUCAAUUGUUGUUAUUUAUUUUUUUAAUGAAAAAUAAUGUAUUAAUACUCUAAUAAAAAUAACUGUAUAAGAAAUAAAA